CAUGCGCGUCUGGGGUCGGCUCGAAUGCCGGCGGCCUCCGCGGAAAAGAGGGAGAUGGCGCUGGACGGACCCGAGCAGAUGGAGCUGGAAGAGGGCAAGGCCGGCAGUGGACUCCGCCAGUAUUAUUUAUCCAAGAUUGAAGAGCUUCAGCUGAUCGUGAAUGACAAGAGCCAAAAUCUCCGGCGGCUACAGGCGCAGAGGAAUGAGUUGAAUGCAAAAGUUCGCCUGUUGCGGGAGGAGCUACAGCUGUUGCAGGAACAAGGCUCCUACGUGGGGGAGGUGGUCCGGGCCAUGGACAAGAAGAAGGUGCUGGUUAAGGUACACCCUGAGGGCAAGUUUGUUGUAGAUGUGGACAAGAACAUCGACAUCAAUGACGUGACACCCAAUUGCCGGGUGGCUCUCAGAAAUGACAGUUACACUCUGCACAAGAUCCUGCCCAACAAGGUGGACCCGCUGGUGUCCUUGAUGAUGGUGGAGAAGGUUCCAGACUCAACCUAUGAGAUGAUUGGAGGGCUGGACAAGCAGAUCAAGGAGAUCAAAGAAGUGAUCGAGCUGCCUGUUAAGCACCCGGAGCUCUUUGAAGCCUUGGGAAUUGCACAGCCCAAGGGAGUGCUGCUGUACGGACCCCCAGGCACUGGGAAGACGCUGUUGGCCCGGGCAGUGGCACAUCACACAGACUGCACCUUUAUCCGCGUCUCUGGCUCUGAAUUGGUACAGAAAUUCAUUGGGGAAGGGGCCAGGAUGGUGAGAGAGCUGUUCGUGAUGGCUCGGGAGCACGCGCCCUCCAUCAUCUUCAUGGAUGAAAUCGACUCGAUCGGCUCCUCCCGCCUGGAGGGGGGCUCAGGCGGGGACAGCGAAGUGCAGCGCACCAUGCUGGAGCUGCUCAACCAGCUGGACGGCUUUGAGGCCACCAAGAACAUCAAGGUCAUCAUGGCCACCAACAGGAUCGACAUCCUGGACUCAGCAUUGCUCCGGCCGGGGCGCAUCGACAGGAAAAUUGAAUUCCCACCGCCCAACGAGGAGGCCCGGCUGGACAUUCUGAAGAUCCAUUCUCGGAAAAUGAACCUGACCCGGGGCAUCAACCUGAGGAAAAUUGCUGAGCUCAUGCCGGGAGCGUCGGGGGCUGAAGUGAAGGGCGUGUGCACAGAAGCCGGCAUGUAUGCCCUGCGGGAGCGGCGAGUUCACGUCACCCAGGAGGAUUUCGAGAUGGCAGUAGCCAAGGUCAUGCAGAAGGACAGCGAGAAGAACAUGUCCAUCAAGAAGCUCUGGAAGUGAGGUGGCCACACUCUGGGUGGAUCCCCCAAAUAAAGCUUUGUGGGUCAAGCCUG